AUGGCAACCACAAACUACAAAGAAGCCUUCGCCCUCUUCGACAAGCGCGGUAAUGGCCGUAUCCCUCUCACCUCACUCGGUGAUCUCCUCCGCGCCUGCGGUCAGAACCCUACCAACGCUGAAGUUGAAGACCUGAUCCACAACUCUGCCGCCAAGGGAGACUUGGACUUUGAAUCAUUCCUUAAGAUCCUCAACCGUCCCAACGGCUUCCGUGACCCUGGCGAACCGGAUGAGUUUGUGCGUGGGUUCCAGGUGUUUGAUAAGGACCUGACGGGUUAUAUUGGUGUCGGAGAGCUGCGCUAUGUUCUUACCUCACUUGGAGAGAAGCUUACGAAUGAGGAGGUUGACGAGCUGUUGAAGGGAAUGGAUAUACAUGGGGACCAAGUUAACUACACGGAUUUCGUAAAGAUGAUUCUUGCGAACUAG